AUGCCACGAACGCCUGGAUCGAAGAAGUUAACCCUCGAGAAGAAAGUCGCUAUAGCGCUCUUCUUAGUUGACCUUGCCGGACGCGGUACGGGUGCCGUCGCUGCUGUGAAGAGUGCUAUGGCGACUUCCAAACUCGGGAAAACUGUCGAGUGGGAGAUCUGGCGCUCCCGCAAAGAUGCUGCAUCUCUGGUCCGUGAGCGCCCCCGUAAACCCAAGGUUACUAAGCAGAUUAAGGACGAGAUAGCACGGCUCGUGACACGAGUUCUUGUCAUCGCCCGCCAGAUCCUACGAUCUCUAGCUACCAGGGUACCGCAUGUGAAGCCAACCCUAACAGAGGAACACAAGCAACGCCGGCUGCAGUACUGCCUCAUGCACGUACAAUGA